UUGAGUAAUUCCCAACAACCCAUUUGAUACCCCCAGAGCGCAUAAAAGCACCGAGAUGCGAAGUAUCUUCAAACCUUGAUCAACGCAAAACUAUGUCGUUCGCCGAUGAUCUUCAAACUCAACAGACCGCGCGUUGCCUGGAAUUGUUGCAUCUGAGAAGUGAUUAAACUCGUGCUGCGCACAAAGAACCCCAAUACACAUAUGAUAGUUAUUAAUUUAAUUGGGAUUUCUAGUGCCAACCUAGAGACAUUUUUGCAAUGGAAUAUCCCUUUAGAUGGAUCCUAGCUUUCUUGUGUGCCCACCAGUGUGUUGCACUGUCGUACAACAGUGUCGUGAGUGGAUAUCAAAUUGGUGUUGGCCGAGCUGACUGUACUGGUCCACCUGUUGAGAUUGCCUUUAUGGGAUAUGCUCAACUCUCGCAGAAGGGCGAAGGAAUUCAUCUGCGUCAAUUCUCCAGAGCCUUCAUUGUGGACGAUGGCCAAAAGCGUGUUGUAUUCGUGAGUGUGGAUGCUGGUAUGAUUGGGAAUGCAGUGAAGAGGGCUGUCUUGCAACGCCUCACAAAGGACUUUGGCAGCAUCUACAAUCACAAAAAUGUCCUCAUUAGUGGGACACACACUCACAGCUCACCUGGAGGAUUUCUCACCCACCUUCUCUACGACUUGCCAUGUCUAGGAUUUAUAAAGGAAACAUUCAAUGCCUUAGUUGUAGGAAUAGCCAAAAGUAUCUCUCGUGCUCACAAGAGUAUGACCAAUGGUAGAUUAUUCAUAUCGGAGACUGAGAUCUUGGAUGUGAACAUAAACCGAAGUCCAUCGGCAUAUCUCAACAAUCCCGAUGAGGAGCGCAAUCAGUACAAAUAUGAUGUUGAUAAGACCCUCACCCAAAUUCGCUUCGUGGCAUCAAAUGGGAAGGUCAUGGGCGCCAUCAAUUGGUACCCUGUCCAUCCGACAUCCAUGAAUAAUACCAACAGACUCAUAUCCUCGGACAAUAUGGGAUAUGCAGCAAUUUUGCUGGAGCAGGAAUACAAUCAUGGAAGUCAAAUUGGACAAGGUGACUUUGUAGCGGCCUUUGCGGCAUCCAAUCUUGGUGAUGUGAGUCCUAAUAUUAUGGGUCCAAAGUGCCAAUACACAGGGGAGCCCUGUGAUGUCCUCACAUCAUCCUGUCCGGCUAAUGCGGGUCACUGCUUUGCCUCCGGCCCGGGGACUAAUAUAUUCGAGAGCACAAAGAUUAUCGGUGAGCGCAUCUACAAGGGUGCAUCGAGAUUACUACGUCAACAAUCGGGUCAGGAAAUCGUCGGUGAAGUGAGCUACAUCCAUCAAUUCGUCAACAUGACCGAAGUAAAGUUAAAAUACAUAAAUCCCAAGACAAAGGCGGUGGAAGAAGUUCAAGGAUGUUUCCCUGCUAUGGGUUAUAGUUUUGCUGCGGGCACAACAGACGGUCCGGGUGCCUUUGACUUCCACCAAGGUACAACUACGGACAAUCCUCUGUGGAAUAUUGUAAGGGAUUUUAUUGCGGAACCCACAAAGGGUGACGUGGAGUGCCAUAGUCCCAAACCCAUCCUUUUGGCCACAGGGCGUGCAAAAUUCCCCUACGAUUGGCAACCCAAGGUGGUGGCGACACAACUUCUCAAAAUUGGCGACACAAUUCUUGUCGCAGCUCCCGGGGAAUUCACCACAAUGAGUGGCAGAAGACUUAGGAACGCCGUGCGAAAUGCCGCCCUUCAAGCUCAUGAGAAGGAUAUUAAAGUGAUAAUUUGUGGUCUCUCCAACAUGUACACCAGCUACGUGGCAACUCCUGAGGAAUAUGCAAUCCAACGAUACGAAGGCGCAUCAACUGUAUACGGUCCCUACACUCUUCCAAUCUACAUGGAUCAAUUUUCAAAGCUCUGCCAAGCAAUGUACAAUGACGAGGAAGUUGAUCCUGGCCCAGAACCACCCCAUUUGGAGGAUAAGAAUCUCCUCACACUGCAGACAGGUGUCCUGUACGAUGGCCAUCCGUACGGACAUGACUUUGGGACACUUAAAGUCCAACCAAAGGCCCACUAUGUACCAGGACAGACAGUCCGUGUGGUCUUCAUAGCGGCUAAUCCGCGGAAUAAUCUCAUGCAUGAGGACACAUUCCUGCGCGUCGAGAAACGUGACGAGGCAAGGAGUGUGUGGACAACAAUAGCAACGGAUGCAAACUGGGAGACACUUUUCCGAUGGACGAGAGUCUCCAUGAUUCUGGGUUUCAGUGAUGUGGAAAUACUGUGGGAAAUUCCAGCGGAUACACCCGCAGGGAUGUAUCGAAUUAGCCAUUCUGGCUUCUAUCAGUACAUUUUUGGCGGUAAAUUUCCCUACAAUGGCACAAGUCAAGUAUUCGUCGUCGAUCGCUAAAAGGUUAAUUACUCUUUUGGGUGACUGCAAAUUGCACAUGGAAUGGCGUGCAUGGCAAAGAGAGGAAGUAAUUUAUUUAUCGGAAAAAAGUGUGUUAUAAUGCUAGUCAAUCAAUUUUGCAUUGUGUUUGACUCUAUCUCGGAUACAUCAAUAAAAUUAUCGUGAAUUAA